UAUUACGGUAACAUGUAAAUGUAAAGUUCUGUUAUCAUCUACUUGACACUUUGUGUACCAUUAUCAGCGGGCGAAUCAAGUACAGGAUACAUACCACCUACGAUCAUUCUAGAAGUUUACACAUAACAAAGAAGAUGGCGGAGGUUUCCGUAUACAACUACAGUGAAGAAUUCAAAGUGACAGAAGACGUGAGACGGGACUUCGAAGACUAUGGUUAUAUAAUACUGAAGGGAUUACUGGACAAAGAAGAGCUUUCUCUGAUAGAGACCACCAUUAAAGGGCCGAGCUUCACUGAGAAUAUUUACGGGGAUGUCGAGUAUGGUAAGAAAACUGACAAGGUGUUGUGGAAACAUCCGGGAAAUGACAUCACUGGAAUGUUGGCACGAAGUGAAAAGGUUGCAGGUGUAACAGAACAGCUGUUAGGAGGAGAGGUGUACCAUUACCACACCAAGCUUAUGCUGAAGGAAGGAGGACGGGGAGCUAGACACGUGUGGCAUCAAGACUAUGGGUACUGGUACAGGAAUGGCUGUCUUUUCCCCGACAUGCUGACUGUAUUCAUUCCGUUGGAUUACUGCAGGAGAGAAAACAGCUGUCUGCAGUUACUACGGGGUUCUCACAAAUGUGGCAGGAUCGAACACAAACCUUUAGGAGAGCAAAACGGAUGUGACGUAGACAGAGUAAAAGAGAUAAUGGACGUGUGUCCCCAUCAGUUCAUGGAAAUGGAUCCUGGCGAUGCUAUAUUUUUCCACUGUAACAUCAUACACUCUAGUAGUGACAACGAUAGUGACAAAAGAAGAUGGGCGUUUUUAACGGCUUACAACAAGGCGACCAACAACCCCACAAAGGAACACCACCAUCCGCAGUACACCCCUCUCGAGAAGGUUCCGAACUCUGCCAUCAAGACUUGUAAGAAUUUCACGGACAUGACAGGGAAGAUUUUCGUGGAUCCGGCCAGGGACCUGACGUACAAAGGCAACUUCAUGAAUGAGAACAAAUCCUAGUUAACGAUGUCAACAGAGACAAGCUGACGACAGUCUUGUAUACUUAAAGUAUAGGACAUCUAACUAUGGAUCUCACGUAGCGUUUUGUGAGGGUAUUUUAGGCAUUGGUCUCUAAUACAACUGUUCUCGAGGAUCCGAUCUAUAACCUUUAUUCAAAUGACUGGAAUAAAAACGCUGUAGCUUAAUUCAAUUGGGAAUCAUCCACGUUACCAUGUAUAAACAUCGUUGUUAUAAUGAAACAUUGGCACUGUACAUAUGUAUUUAGUGUAUCGUAUUACCAGAAACAAUAAACAGAUGUAUAACG